AUGGUGGUGUACAACUUUAAGAAGAUCCAGACGGUGCCGACGGCCAAUGACUUCAUCGACAUCGUGCUCACGCGCACGCAGCGCAAGACGCCGACGGUGAUCCACCCGACGUACGCCAUCUCGCGCAUCCGCGCCUUCUACAUGCGCAAGGUCAAGUUCACGCAGCAGACGUGCCAGGAGAAGCUCAGCCAGAUCAUCGAUGACUUCCCGCGCCUGGACGACCUGCACCCGUUCUACGCCGACCUCAUCAACAUCCUGUACGACCGCGACCACUACAAGCUGGCGCUGGGCCAGGUCAACACGGCGCGCGCGCUCAUCGACAACAUCGCCAAGGACUACGUGCGCAUGAUCAAGUACGGCGACUCGCUCUACCGCUGCAAGCAGCUCAAGCGCGCCGCGCUGGGUCGCAUGUGCACGCUGCUCAAGAAGCAGAAGGCGUCGCUCGAGUACCUCGAGGAGGUGCGCAAGCACUUGUCGCGUCUCCCUUCCAUCGACCCCAACACGCGCACGCUGCUGGUCACGGGCUUCCCGAACGUGGGUAAGUCGAGUUUCAUGAACAAGGUCACGCGUGCCGAUGUGGACGUGCAGCCGUACGCUUUCACGACCAAGGCGCUGUACGUGGGCCACCUGGACUACAAGUACCUGCGCUGGCAGGUGAUCGAUACCCCCGGUAUUCUAGACCACGCGCUGGAGGACCGUAACACCAUUGAAAUGCAGGCCGUGACGGCGCUGGCCCACUUGCAGGCGUCGAUCCUGUUCUUCAUGGACAUCUCGGAGCAGUGCGGCUUCACCAUCGAGCAGCAGUUGAGUCUGUUUGAGAACAUCCGCCCGCUGUUUGCCAACAAGCCGCUGGUGCUGGUGUGCAACAAGAUCGAUCAGAUGCGCUUCGAGGAGCUGUCUGAGCACCACCAGAACAUGAUCAACACGGCCGUGGAUGAGACCAAGGCCAAGUUCUUCACCAUGUCGAACCACUCGGAGGAGAACGUGAUGGACGUCAGGAACUACGCUUGCGAUGAGCUGCUGGCUCACCGUGUCAACUCCAAGGUGAAGGGCAACAAGGUGGCGGACGUGCUGAACCGUCUCAGUGUUGCCAUGCCCGUGGCUCGUGACGAUGUGAAGCGCGAGAUCACGAUCCCGGCCAGUGUCAUUGCUGCCCGCGAGAACCCGAACAGCGUGGUGCCGCGUGUGCUGCAGAAGGACAAGAUGAACGCCAACGGCGGCGCUGGCGUGUACUCGUUCAACUUCAAGGAGCACUACAAGGGCAUGCUCCGCAACGACGACUGGACGCAGGACGCGAUCCCGGAGAUCUGGAACGGCAAGAACAUUGCCGACUUCGUGGACCCGGACAUUCUCAAGCGUCUGGAGGCUCUGGAGCAGGAGGAGGAUGAGGCUAUGACCAACAACGCGCCCAUGGAUGAGGACGAGGAGAUGAGUGACCUUGACGAUGAGCAGCAGGAUAAGCUCGCUCGUAUUCGCGAGAAGAAGGCGAUCAUGGUUGCCGAGCACCGUCAGAACAAGAACAAGAACCACGCUACGGUGUCGCGCAAGGUGCGCGCUAAACUCCGCACGCUCACGGAGACGAAGAAGGAGCUGGAGGCUCUUGGCGUGGAUACGAGCCACAUGAAGCACGCUGAGGCUGUGGUGGCCAAAAGGAAGGCUGGUGACGAGAGCCGUGGCCGCAAGCGCGAACGCGAGGACAUGGACGUGGAUAUGGAGGACGCGACCGAGAGCUCGGACCUGCGUGUGCGCGCCCGUGCCAAGUCUCAGAUGCGCUCCAAGUCCAAGAACCGAUCCGCUUCUCUCGUCGCCCCGCGCGACCAGUCCGGUUUCGGUACCGAGGCCGACAUGGCUGCUGCCAAGCGCGCCACCCGGUUUACGCAGCGCAAGGCCGCCAAGAUGGGCCGUGCAGGCGAGGCCGAUCGGAUAUCGGUUCCCAAGCUGGCGAAGUGGCAGAACUCGGGCAAGCGUGGCCAGGGCAACACGCACUCCCGUUAAGCUUAGACCUAGUUUUCGCUUUUUGCCUCAUUGCGCCGUAUGGUGGUGGAGAGACAAAGAGGACGGAGGUGUCGAUUCUUCCUUCCUCUCUUGUGCCCUGUAUUUCUCCGUGUCCCUUUC